GAAUCAAUUUCCUGCGGAAGUGAAAUUUUCUUGAAGCAUUUUCAAUAACAUUACAAAACUUGAAUGUUUUUCAUUGUUUAAACGCUGCAUAUCCAAAGAUAACACAUAACAUGUUUGACAGUAACUUAGUGCUUUGUUAAAACUUAAUUCUGACCUACAAUUCUGCCAUAUUUGUCGGUGGCACCAAUACAACUUUUACAAAGUCAUGGGGUCAUAUUCUGUCAUGAUGCAUGUAUGAGACAAUAUUUGUUGCAUUAUUUCACUGUGAAGCAUCACUUAUCAUGCAGAAAAAAAUUAAAAGUAAACAAUGACGUCAAAAACAGAUGUGCGGAUCUUGCUUGUUGGAGAUUCUGGUGUAGGGAAGACAUCUUUGAUUUUAUCAUUGGUCAGUGAAGAGUUUAAUGAGGAGGUUCCAGCGAAAGCUGAAGAAAUCAAUAUUCCUGCUGAUGUUACACCAGAGAGAGUUCCUACACAUAUUGUUGACUUCUCUUACCGAGAACAGUCAGAAGAUGAUCUUAUUGAAGAAGUAAAAAAGGCCCAUGUGAUAUGUAUUGUAUAUGCUGUAAAUGAUGAAGAUUCAAUGGAAGGAAUCACAUCAACUUGGCUGCCAUUUAUAAGAAAACAACUGGGAGAGGAUGCUGGGGUGCCUGUGAUACUAGUUGGAAAUAAGGGAGACCUUAUAGACUAUUCUACAGGGGAGGCAAUGGAGCCUAUCAUGCAAGACUUUGCAGAAGUUGAAACCACAAUAGAGUGUUCAGCAAAAAGCCUAAGAAACAUCAGUGAGCUGUUUUACUAUGCACAGAAGGCAGUGUUAUAUCCCAUGGUUCCUCUCUUCAACCCCGCAGAAAAAGAUUUAACACAGAAAUGUAAGAUGGCAUUACAGCGAGUGUUCAGGAUCUGUGAUCUGGACAAUGAUCAAAUACUCAGGGAUGAUGAAGUCAACUUGUUUCAGAGAAAAUGUUUUGAUACUCCUUUACAACCUCACAUGUUAGAUGAGGUAAAGGAACUAGUCAGACGGAGUAUACCGGAUGGUGUUGCUGAUAUGGGUUCAUUCUCUGGUUUCACUCUAAAAGGGUUUCUGCAUUUGUUUGUGGUAUUUGUACAUAAAGGAAGAAUAGAAACCCCAUGGACAGUGCUGAGAAAGUUUGGUUACGAUGAUAACCUCUUGUUACGGAAUGAUAUUUUAGCCCCAAAAUUAAAUGUUGGUGUUGGAAGCACAACAGAGUUAAGUUAUGAAGGUGUACAGUUUCUUACCAGGCUUUUUCAAAAAUAUGAUGAGGACAGAGAUGGUAUUUUAUCACCGACAGAAUUGACAAAUUUGUUCAGCACUUGCCCAAUGUUACCCUGGGGACCAGAUGUCAACAACACAGUGGUAACAAACAUGAGCGGCUGGAUAACAUUACAGGGUUACUUGGCACAAUGGACAUUGACUACAUUAUUAGAUCAUCCAAGAACUUUAGAAUACCUGGCCUAUCUAGGAUAUCAUUAUCAUAAUGAUACAACUCUCACAGCAAUACAAGUAACACGAGACAAGAAAAUAGAUCUGGAAAAGAGACAGACAGCAAGGAAUGUGUUCCGUUGUCAUGUACUGGGACCUAAAGGUGUAGGAAAGACAUCUUUCUUGCAAGGUUUAUUAGGUAGAAAUCUCAGAUAUGUUGCUACUUUGAAUAAAGAACAGUUGUCAAGUUUUACUAUAAACACAGUUCAAGUGUAUGGACAAGAAAAAUAUUUAAUGUUACAUGAAGUAGAUGUGGCCGUGUCAGACAUGUUGUCUCCUACAGAAACUAAUUGUGAUGUUGCCUGUUUAUUAUAUGAUGUCACAAAUCCUAGAUCAUUUGAGUUCUGUGCCAGAAUGUACAUGAAACAUUUUCUGGAUAGUCGCGUACCAACAUUGAUAGUAGCAUGUAAAGUAGAACAUCCAGAGGUGCGGCAGGACUAUGAAAUCACUCCGGCAGCAUUCUGUAGCAAGUUUAAAUUAUCUCCUCCUCAGAGAUUUACAUGUAUAGACAAAGUCAACAAAGAUGUGUAUAUCAAAUUAGCAACCAUGGCAGCUUAUCCCAAUCUUAAGCGUUUGGUACACAUGUUACUAGUUCACCAAAACCCUGUCUGGCUGGAGGAGAGACUAAGUGACUUGAAAGACAUUGUGUUGGCAAAUGAUAAACGAUUACUGAAAAUCGGUUUAGGAGUUGUGACUGUGACUGGAGUUGGAUUUAUAGUGUACAAAUUAGUUAAAAAUUACAAUCAAUAGUUGUUCCCCCUUAACAGUUUUCAUUUGGAGGAAGAAAAACCAGAAAUGCAACAGAUGUUCUCAUAGGAUGGAGUGUGCUUUAAGUAUCAGUGUUAUGGAAACAUACCAGUGUUAUAAUAAACAGGCUAGGCUGUGUGAAAAAAAAGGAUAAACCUGCUGGGCUAAAACGUGUGUUCAGGGUUUCAACUAGUGUUUUUUAAGGAGAUAAUGUUAUACAUACACUGAUACCAGAUUUUGCUGGAUUUUUACCCAAUAAUAUAUCGUGAACUGUAGGAAAACAUUUCAUUUUGGAAAGUACAAAUUGUCAAUGGAAUAGUGAGGUACAAAUUAAACACUAUAUUUAUUGCUUCUUUCAUAUUUUCUACCCCAAUGAAAUAACAAUAUGCAGCAAUUGCUUUUAUUUAGAUUUGUGAAGAGUUUUGUAUGGUUUUAUCAACUUCUAGAAGCCUAGUUCACUUUCUGCACAUGGUAUUUAUAUUAUUGUGGAGAAAAUAUUAAAAGCUGUUCUCAGUUGUAAGCAGUCUAGAAUAAUUUGACAUGAAGAAAGUGUAUAUAAAACGGGUCGUAACACUGAUUUCGUGUCAAAGACGGUACUUAUUUAUUGUGGACUCUCAUUACAUACUGGUUGUCUUGAGAGAUUAAAUUCUUAAUUUCUCGAAAUGUUGAAAAAUCUUUGUUUCUAGGUGUCUGCAGUUGUGUUCUGUAUUUUACUGGACCAAACCUUUUGCAAAUGUUUAUUUCAUUUCAUUCUUGCUUGUUAGUGCUCUUAUAUUUAUUUCUUUAAGAAAAUGCUAUUUUUUAAAAGCUCUUUGUAGUAAAGAACUUUGUUUCAGCCACCAAAAAUGCCCAUUUCAUACACCCACAAUAGAAUCAUGACAGCAUCCUGUUAGGUGUUUCAUACCACAGUAAAAAAUUGGUAAACUUCGCCAAUAAACCUAAAAACUACAUCAUUAUAUAGUUACAGAUUUGAUUGAGUUGCACUGAUUAUUAACGGCAUUGGUAUAUAACUUCACACGCACUGCUUGUUUUAGAUAGGUAAAAGAAGUGUGAUGUGAAAUGAAGUUGCUCCCCAUUUCAUAUUUUAACUAGGACUAUAGUGUCAGGCAGCUUACAUAUCAACAGGAUUGGGGUUAUAUGACCUCUGAUUGUGUGUACCCUUAGUACCUUAAUCCUUGUAUGUUGUCAUGGUUUGGCAUUUAGUUGUGGUCUUAGUUUGUUCACACUAUCAAAAUGCUAAGUUAUUCUUGGUCAAGUUGAAUGUUUAGAAAAUCAUAUAUUAUUACAACACAAGGUCUUGCACUAUGACCAAUAUUGCUGAAGUAAUUGUAUUUACAUUAGCCUUUUUCUUUUCCUUUGAAAAUUAUGACAUUCAUUUUGUAUGAACAGCAAAAAGGAAGGUGCCAAAGUGGCGACAACACUGCUUAGUGAUAAUGGGUUGCUGUUUUGACAAGUUUCUGUAUAUAGUUUAGGAGAGGGUCCUUUAGAUGACAUGGCAGUUUUUCUAGUGAAAAGAAUGACUGGGAAGCUUAUUUUAAUAUUGAAUGUCAGAAUACCUCAUCUACACAAAUUAUUAAUCUGAUCAUGUCGGUAAUGUCCGGUUUCAUGCUAAAGGUCACAAACCAGUACAUAAAUGUAAAAUAGAAACUAUGCACCCUGAAUUAUUUUCAGUAGGGCUGGGACGAUUUCAAUAUUUUGAAACUGGUUAAUCUUUUGUUUGAAAUCGAAUCAAAGCGGUUAGUUGGCCGCCAUAUUUAAAUUGCUGUUUUCUUUCCUGACCACCGUAUCAAAGUACUUCCAGCAGCUGCUGACUUUAUUAGAAACUUACUGACUUCAUCGUUUGCAAGCAGUGUGACAAUUAAUAUCUAAUAUUUUGGUGUAGAUCUAUUUUAUUUUCAAUAUAUAACGACAGGUAAAUCAGAGACUAUUGAUUAUGUUGAUAUGUUUUAGCGAAAAAAACAAACACUGAGGAUCUAAGUGCUGGUCAAAGAAAUGUAUAAAGAUGUACGACUCGUGUUGUUUAUUGUUUAAGAGCGAUUACCGGUUUUGCAAAAUUGAAAUUGGUUUCACCUAGUAAUCGAAUCAGAUCCGAUUAACAGAGUAAUCAUCCCAGUCCUAAUUUUUGAAGUGCAGAAAAAAAGAGAGAUUUAUUCAUGUCAUGAAUUGUUAUUGUUUAGUCUACAGUUUAUUAGGUGUAUUAUUUAACACCAUUAUUGUGCAUUUUUAGCUCUAAUGUCACUUUGUGACAAGGUGAGCUUUUGUGAUCGCACAUCGUCCGUCUGUAAACUUUUGCUUGUGACCACUCAAGAGGUCACAUUUUUCAUGGGAUCUUUAUGAAAGUUGGUCUGAAUGUUCAUCUUGAUGAUAUCUAGGUCAAGUUCAAAACUGGGUCACGUGCGGUCCAAAACUAGGUCAGUAGGUCUAAAAAUAGAUAAACCUUGUGACCUCUCUAGUCAGGCCAUACUUUUCAAUGGAUCUUCAUGAAAGUUGGUCAGUAUGUUCACCUUGAUGAUAUCUAGGUCAAGUUCGAAACUGGUUCAUGUGCCUUCAAAAACUAGGUCAGCAGGUCAAAUAAUAAAAGAACGUUGUGACCUCUCUAGAGGCCAUAUUUUUCAUGGGAUCUGUAUGAAAGUUGGUGUGAAUGUUCAUCUUGAUGAUAUCUAGGUCAAGUUCGAAACUGAGUCACGUGCAGUCCAAAACUAGGUCAGUAGGUCUAAAAAUAGAAAAACCUUGUGACCUAUCUAGAGGCCAUACUUUUCAAUGGAUCUUCAUGAAAGUUGGUCAGUAUGUUCACCUUGAUUAUAUCUAGGUCAGGUUCGAAACUGGGUCAUGUGCCAUCAAAAACUAGGUCAGUAGAUCAAAUAAUAAAAAAACAUUGUGACCUCUCUGGAGGCCAUAUUUUUCAUGGGAUCUGUAUGAAAGUUGGUCUGAAUGUUCAUCUUGAUGAUAUCUAGGUCAAGUGCGAAACUGAGUCAACUGCGGUCAAAAACUAGGUCAGUAGGUCUAAAAAUAGAAAAACCUUGUGACCUCUCUAGAAGCCAUACUUGUGAAUGGAUCUUCCUGAAAAUUGGUCAGAAUGUUCACCUUGAUGAUAUCUAGGUCAAGUUUGAAACUGGGUCACAUACCGUCAAUAACUAGGUCAGUAGGUCAAAUAAUAGAAAAACCUUGUGACCUCUAUAGAGGCCAUAUUUUUCAUGGGAUCUGGAUGAGAGUUGGUCUGAAUGUUCAUCUUGAUGAUAUCUAGAUCAAAUUCGAAACUGGGUCAUCUGCGGUCAAAAACUAGGUCAGUAGGUCUUAAAAUAAAAAAACCUUGUGACCUCUCUAGAGGCCAUAAUUUUGAAUGGAUCUUCAUGAAAAUUAGUCAGAAUGUUCAUCUUGAUGAUAUCUAGGUCAGGUUUGAAACUGAGUCAACUGUGGUCAAAAACUAGGUCAGUAGAUCUAAAAAUAGAAAAACCUUGUGACCUCUCUAGAGGCCAUACUUUUGAAUGGAUCUUCAUGAAAAUUGGUCAGAUUGUUCACCUUAAUGAUAUCUAGGUCAAAUUCGAAACUGGGUCAUGUGCCUGCAAUAACUAGGUCAGUAGGUCAAAUAAUAAAAAACCUUGUGACCUCUCUAGAGGCCAUAUUUUUCAAUGGAUCUUCAUGAAAAUUGGUCAGAAUUCUUAUCUUGAUGAUAUCUAGGUCAGGUUCAAAACUGGGUCACAUGAGCUCAAAAACUAGGUCACUAUGUCAACUAAUAGAAAAAAUGACGUCAUACUCAGUUCAAAACUGGGUCAUGUGGGGACAGGUGAGCGAUUCAGGACCAUCAUGGUCCUCUUGUUAAUAGUUCAUUUUUGUUCAUUUAUUUUGUUGUCAUUGUCAACAGAUAAUAUCCUGUGAGGCAAAUUUCCCCCUUGACUUUACAGGAGACAGCGGGUCUAAAGUCAUUUGUCUUCCACCUCUAACAUCAGGGGAGAACCAGUCAUUUCUGGCUUGGGGUCCGGAAACAAGCAAGGCAAACUGACUGCUUUCACAUAAUAUACUUUACAUACUUUUACUGAUUAUCCUGUUGAGAAAUGAAUGUUACACAAACAUCUUAAUGAUUAUAAGGGAUUCAACCUUUGUACUUUUAUGAUGUGAAAGGCACAGCUUCUGACAAUAUAUAGUUAAGUCAGUGGAUUGAUUUCUAGCUGUAUUUAAAAUUAAAAUAAAAAAACAAGGCUUGUAUGCUUUUUUAUGUGCAAUACUAUUAAAUAUAUCUUUUAUAUUAAAUGUAUUAUUUACUUGCACUGAAAGCUGAUUUUAAGAUUAUGUGUUUAUGUUAGUGUUCUAGCAUUCUUGUCCAUUGAGGUGCUAUAUAUUUCCUCCAUUUAAUCUAGAAUGAUCUUUGUUCUGUUGUUAAAAUUGUUGUGUUAGAAAUGAAGUUUUACAUGAUAAUGUGCAGCAAUUUAAAUGCAUAUGUAACAACAUAAUCUAUAAACAGUAUUUUUAGUCAUUUUUUGAUUCUGAUUUGUUUUGAAAUAUUAUAAAACAAUUCAGUAUUUCAACUGCAGGAUUACUAAAAUUGCUUAUUCCUUGAAAUAUUGAUAACUUUAUUUGCUCCUCUUGGUUGGAGAUAUUUUCUUCACUUGAUUCAUGUCAUUAGAAACACCCCUUUUUUUAAGGCACAUCAGUGGGCAUUUGAAAUUGUUCUAUGUAAAUGUUCUGUGCUAUUAACUUGUGUAUUUUUAUGCAGGCUUUCUCUGCUUUUGGAAUACUGAAGCCAUUACAAAUAUUUUUCCUGUCAAGGUUUUCAUAUCCACUUGAGAGUACCUCUGCAAAACACAAUAUACAUGUACUGAUUCAAAGAGGUUUGGCACUUUGAUGUUUUCAGAAACAAUUAAGUUAUGCUGUGUUAUCUGCGUUAGAGUUUUGCUUUUUCCAAGAUAUGAUAAUUACAUUACACAACUACACAUGAUACCUUACUUAACCCUUAGCCUGCUGCAGGCGAAUUUAACAGCCUUUGCAAACAGCUUGGAACCAGAUCAGACGCCGAUUAAAUCGGCGUCUGAUCAGGUUCCAAGCUGUUUGCUACUCUGACAAUAUUUCUUCCAUUUUUGGAGCAAAUUGAAUGAACUUUACAAUUUUAGCAGACGACAUUUCCAGCAGACAACAAUUUACCUAGCAUGCUAAAGGUUAAUAAUGUUUUUAUUUUGUAAAGAGAAAAUAGAGAAAAGGUUGGGUUGUUCUUAUCAUUGUCUUCAAGUUCUUCUUCAGGCAAAUACAAAACCACUCACUGAUGAUUGAAGAAGCACUUAUUUAUAAAAAUCAAAUUGGACAUGAUGAAAAAGGUAAAGAUGAAAAGAUAAAUAUGUAAAGAUUAAAGAAAGGUUACUGUUUUUUGCUCGACUAUUCAAAGAAUAGGUAGAGCUAUUGGACUCGCCAAUGAGUCAGCGUCCCGAUUUGUUUAAGUUUUUGUAUGUAAGCUGGUAUCUCAGUAACCACUUGUGGGAAUGGAUUGAAACUUCAUACACUUAUUCACUGUGAUAAACUGACUUACAUUGCACAGGUUCCAUAACUCUACUUUGCUUUUUUACAAAAUUAUGGUCCUUUUUCAACUUAGAAAUUUUUGAUUAUGAUUUCAUAUUUAAGCUGGUAUCUCAGUAUCUACUCAUGGGAAUGGAUUGAAACUUCAUAAACUUGUUCACUGUGAUGAUCUGACAUGCACUGCACAGGUUCCAUAACUCUACUUUGCAUUUUUACAAAAUUAUGCCCCUUUUUCGACUUGGCAGUUUUUGGUUUAGUUUUUGUAUGUAAGCUGGUAUCUCUGUACCCAAAAUUGGGAAUGGAUUGAAACUUCAUACACUUAUUCACUGUGAUGAUCUGACAUGCACUGCACAGGUUCCAUAACUCUACUUUGCAUUUUUACAAAAUUAUGCCCCUUUUUCGACUUGGCAGUUUUUGGUUAAGUUUUUGUAUGUAAGCUGGUAUCUCUGUACCCACUAUUGGGAAUGGAUUGAAACUUCAUACACUUAUUCACUGUGAUGAUCUGACAUGCACUGCACAGGUUCCAUAACUCUAUUUUGCACUUUUACAAAAUUAUGUCCCUUUUUCAACUUAGAAAUUUUGGUUGAAGUGUUGUAUGUUAGCUCGUAUCUCAGUACCCACUUAUGGGAAUGAAUUGAAACUUCACAAAAAUGUCCAUUGUCAUGAGCUAAUAUGGAUUGUUUAGGUUCCUUAACCCUGUGUUGCAGUUUUACAAAAUUAUACCCCUUUUUGGACUUUAAUAUUCAGUCACUUGACAAGGCUGUUGAAUAGUAGAGCAUUGCUGUCCUCAGACAGCUCUUCUUAGAUAUUAGAAGUAGAGAAUGGUUGAGUAGUUUUGUUAUUGUGAGUUCUGCAAACACAGUGCAUGAGAGUCAAAACAGAUGAUACUAUACAUGUAUGAAUACAGGGUUGAAAAUGUAAUUAUCAAUACAUGUACUGUUCAGAUGCAAUAGAUAGAGGAGCAUUUGUUUUAUACCAGUUACAUACGCAUGUAUUAAUGAAGUGUACUUUGUGACAUGCAAAUAAUAAAUAAAAGCUGAUA